CCCUAAUCAUAUAGAAACUUCCAACAGCAAAGGCACACAAAUUUCAAUUAUUACGCUAUCAAGCGCACAAAAAGCGAAUCUUAACCCACUGAACAACAAUUUUUGGAAGAACAACUCCCUCGUUCUUUUUGAAAACAUCAACCCCAACCUGUUAUUUCAUUGCAUUGAUUGCCACCAAAAGCCGACGUUCGUGCAAUUUUUUGCUAGCUAAUUGUACUUGUCUUGUGAUAAACAUAAACCCUCAGACUCAAACUGAAUUUGUUCAAGCAAGUACAACAUCGCCCUUGUAGUUGCAAACCCAGAAACUUUCUGACAAGAAAGGUCGAUCAUUCUUGCUUUAGCUGCAAAGACAAAAAAGACCACAAGCCCAUAUUAUUUGUCUGAUCUGGUCCCGCCUAGAAUUUGUUUUAUUUCGACCAGUUGCAUACUAACUUACGAAUUGUAGCAUUUUUUUUAGGUGCGAUAUCUUUGGAUUGCUCAUAAGAAUGAAAAUGCAGAGAAGUCUCGGCUGCAACACUAUCGUCGGCCGCCGCGCCGCGAGCCUUGCUCUCCUUGCGGUGUGGUCGUCCUCCGUGGAGGUGUGCGAGGGUGUGCUUAAGGCGCUUCAAAGAAGUGAUAGGAUUGUCGAUGUGUUAGAAACCUAGACGCACGAUAGUAACAACAGAGGUAAACGAG